AUGGAGCAUCCAGUGAAGGAAAUUAGGACGGUCAUUCGCGACUUGGUCCAAGGCUCGCCCAAGGAGCAGUAUGACGCCCUCUUCAACCACUUCACCGAGGACGCAGCCUUCACCCACCCCUUCUGCCACGUGCCAAGUUUUGGCAACGUCGACAUUCCCUUCCUCUUCACCAUCAAUUCACGGUGGCUCGUCCUCAUGAUUUACCGAUGGUACCGCAUUCUGAGUCCCAGCAUUGCCAUGAACAUCGAGUCGGCUGAUCAAAGAGCAAAUCUUCUAUACGUUAAGAUGCGCCAAGACUUCCGGCUAUGGUUCGUUCCUUUCUACUCCGCCCCUGUCGACUUCGUCGUCGUCCUCCGUCUCGAGACACGCAACGUCGAUGAUCAAAACCGGCCUCUGCCCCGCAACCAAACCGACGCUUCUGCCGUCGGGGCCCGCCAGCGUCACUUCAUCAUCCACCAGGAGGACCACUACCAGGUCGGCGAGUGGCUUAGGUUUCUGGUCCCCUUCUUCGGAUACUGGGCCUGGCAUGUCUUUACUCUCUUUUCCACGAUCCUGUGUGCUGCCGGCGCCCUGAUUGGAUAUCCCGUCACCCGGUACUUUGACUGGCAGGCCACAACGCAAAACGGCGCCCAGGUGAAUAAGGCCGACUAG